GACCUAUAGGGAAGAGGCCAGCCCGGCCUACGGAGCUGUCCCAGGACAGAGGUUCUUGGCACCUCCCAGUGGCUCAGAGCAGACCCUGAAGGAAACCAAGUCCUUCCUGAGACAGGCAGAUCCAGGAUGGGGAGCCCAGUGCACCGAGUGUCACUGAGGGACACGUGGAGCAGACAAGUGCACCCUGACAUAGACAGUGAAAGGCGCUCACCGUCCUUCAGCGUGGAGCGGCUCACCAACAUCCUUGACGGAGGCAUCGCAAACACUGUGCUGAGGAGGAAAGUCGAAAGCAUCAUCCAGAGUGACCCAGUGUUUAACUUGAAGAAGCUUCACUUCAUGACCCGAGAUGAGUUGUACGAGGAUGCAGUUCAAAAGAGAUUCCAUCUUGAGAUGCUAAGUCAGAGCCUGGGCUGGUCAGAAGACAGUCCUGAACGCAUUUAUGCUAUCAGAGUCCUUGCUGGAUAUCUCAACUUAAGCUUACAUGGUGUUGCCAUGAAUGCUAUCAGAAGCCUGGGCUCAGAUGAACAGGUCGCUAAAUGGGGCCAACUCUGCAAAAACUUCCAAAUCAUCACAACAUAUGCCCAGACAGAGCUGGGACAUGGGACAUAUGUGCAAGGCCUGGAAACCGAAGCCACCUAUGAUGCAGCCACUCAGGAGUUUGUGAUACACAGCCCUACAAUGACUUCCAUCAAGUGGUGGCCUGGGGACUUGGGACGGUCGGUCACCCAUGCUGUGGUCCUAGCCCAGCUGAUCUGCUUAGGAGCCAGGCAUGGCAUGCAUGCCUUCAUUGUGCCCAUCCGGAGCCUAGAGGACCACACCCCACUACCAGGAAUCACAGUUGGGGACAUAGGCCCCAAGAUGGGCUUGAAUCACAUAGACAAUGGCUUCCUGCGACUGAACCACGUGAGAGUUCCCAGAGAGAACAUGCUCAGUCGCUUUGCAGAGGUCUUGCCAGAUGGCACCUACCAGAGGCUCGGGACACAACAGAUCAAUUAUCUUGGCAUGUUGGUGACGCGGGUGCAGCUGCUGUGUUCAGGAAUCCUACCCUCUCUCCAGAAGGCUUGUAUUAUUGCUGUGCGCUACUCAGUAAUCCGCCACCAGUCUCGUCUUCGGCCUAGUGACCCAGAGGCAAAAAUCCUGGAAUUCCAGACGCAGCAGCAGAAGCUCCUUCCUCAACUUGCUGUGAGCUACGCCUUCCAUUUCACAGCCACCGGCCUCUUAGAAUUCUUCCACAGCUCCUACAGUGCUAUUCUGAAGAAAGACUUCAGCCUCCUGCCUGAGCUCCACGCACUGAGCACUGGCAUGAAGGCCAUGUUUGCAGACUUCUGUGCCCAGGGAGCCGAGAUCUGCCGCAGGGCCUGCGGGGGUCACGGCUACUCAAAGCUGAGCGGCCUGCCAACACUGGUCACUCAAGCCGCAGCCUCUUGCACGUAUGAGGGUGAGAAUACGGUGCUCUACCUGCAGUUGGCCAGGUUUCUGAUGAAGAACUACCUGCAGACUCAAGUGUCCCCAGGCUCCAUACCACGGAAGCCUCUCCCUCAGUCGGUCAUGUAUCUUGUCACACCAAAGCCAGCCAGGUGCCCAGCCCAGACAGCAGCUGACUUCCUCCGCCCAGAUGUCUAUACCACAGCCUGGGCGUAUGUGUCUGCCAGGCUCAUAAGAGAUGCAGCGCACCAUACACAGACCCUCAUGAGGUCCGGGCUUGACCAGCAUGACGCCUGGAACCAGACUGCUGUCAGACACCUUCAGGCUGCUAAGGCUCACUGCUACUUCAUCACUGUGAAGAAUUUCAAGGAAGCUGUGGAGAAAUUAGAUAACGAGCCAGAGAUUCAGCGUGUGCUCCAACGCCUCUGUCACCUCUAUGCCUUACACGGUAUUCUGACUGACACAGGGGACUUCCUGCAUGACGGCUUCCUGUCUGGGGCCCAGGUGGACAUGGCAAGAACAGCCUUCUUAGAGCUGCUUCCCUUGAUCCGGAAGGAUGCCAUCUUGUUAACCGAUGCUUUCGACUGCACGGACCAUUGUUUAAACUCGGCACUCGGCUGUUAUGACGGACACGCCUACGAACGCCUGUUUGAGUGGGCUCAGAACUCCCCAGCCAAUACUCAGGAGAACCCUGCCUACAAGAAGUAUAUCAGACCACUGAUGCAGAGUUGGAGACCCAAGCUGUGAAGAGGCUAAGGACUCGGGACCGAGACCCUCGCUAUGGCACACCACACACACACACACACACACACACACACAAAGAACCUGAAGCACAUGGCAGAGUGCCGCCUGUUCAAGUCAGUGAGUGAAUCAGUCCACAGAUGGGUGUUCAUCAGAUUGUUCUGUUACUGAGUACAUUUGAAAUUCUCCCUUGUCCGGUUGUAGCAUGUAUUUGGCCAAAUGCUAGAAUUUUGCUUUAAAUACAGCAAAAGCCAAUAAACGUGUUAGUUACUACAUGUGUUGCUUAUUCAUCUAGGGGGAUGCUGGGACUCAAAGGUCAG